AUGGCGACCCGACGUAUCAUCUCCACGGAAAAGACCAUCCUCGACCAAGAUGAGCCUAACAGCGCUCCGGCUGAAAAGUCCAACAUCGCACCCGCCGUCCCCACCGAUGUCAUUGUGAAGCUCCUAGGGUUCACCUUCGCCAUGAUCGUUUUCCCCAUCGGCUCCUAUUUCGUCACAGUCAGCACGGUUUUCAAAGGAAAUUCCACCUUUGCUGGCGCGUUUGCCGCCGUCAUGGCCAAUGUGGUGCUCAUUGCGUACAUAGUCGUUGCCAUGAAGGAAGAUCAGCCGGAGCAGGACGAGAAGAAAACAAAGGGAGAUGGCAAGAAGUAUCGCUGA